GAGAGAGAGAGAGAGAGGGGUCGCUCGGAGCCGUGAUAGGAGCUGCUCAUCCUCCGGGCCGCACUGGGAAGAGGCGCAAUGGAAGGAAAACAGCCGCAGGCUCCUCACACGCCGCCGCCGCCACCACGCUCCGGCUCUCCCAGGCUGAAAGCUGCGGGAGGAGGAGCCGCCCAUGCAGCAGCCGCUGAGGAAGCGCCUCGUUUGCCGGCCAGUGAUGGAGAUGCUCCCAGUGGUGCCGGCGGCUCUUCGUUGGAGACCGGCACGGGGCUGGCUCCCGCUUCCGCAGCUGCUGGGGACGGGUUGGGGCGACCGUUGGGUCCCACGCCGAGCCAGAGCCGCUUUCAGGUGGACCUCGUGGCAGAAAACUCUGGCCGAGCGGCCGCGACUGAACAGGCGGACACGACGGACGCGCCUCCUAAAGCCCCCGAGGAAGGGUCUGGCAAAGGCAGCGAGGAAGCCAAAGGCCGAUUCCGGGUGAACUUUGUGGACCCUUCGACCGGGGACGACAGCUCAGGCGAGCCCGGCGGCGGCUCGGAAGGCUGCAAUGUUAGCUUCCAGAACGGCGGCGACACGGUGUUGAGCGAGGGGAGCCUUCAUUCCGGAGGGGGACAUCAUCACUAUUACUAUGACACGCACACCAACACCUACUACCUGCGAACCUUUGGUCACAACACCAUCGAUGCUGUUCCAAGGAUAGACUACUACCGGCACACAGCUGCCGGUCUGGGCGAGAAGCUCAUCAGGCCCAGCCUCGCUGAGCUGCAUGACGAGUUGGACAAGGAACCAUUUGAAGAUGGAUUUGCAAAUGGUGAAGAAGGUACUCCUACUGGAGAAGCCACUGCCACUUACUCUGCUGAUGGUAAAGGAAUUGUCAAGUUUGGUUGGAUCAAAGGUGUAUUGGUACGGUGUAUGUUGAAUAUCUGGGGUGUGAUGCUCUUCAUUCGACUCUCCUGGAUUGUAGGACAUGCUGGAAUAGGACUUGCAGUCUUAGUCAUCAUGAUGGCUACAGUUGUAACUACUAUCACAGGCUUGUCUACAUCAGCAAUAGCUACCAAUGGCUUUGUAAGAGGAGGGGGAGCUUAUUACCUAAUUUCCAGAAGUCUUGGUCCAGAAUUUGGUGGUGCAAUUGGUUUGAUUUUUGCAUUUGCUAAUGCAGUUGCUGUAGCCAUGUAUGUAGUUGGUUUUGCAGAGACCGUUGUAGAACUGCUUAAGGAAAAUGGCAUACUUAUGUUGGAUCAAAUGAAUGACAUCAGAAUUAUAGGAGCAAUCACAAUUGUUAUUUUGUUAGGCAUCUCUGUAGCAGGAAUGGAAUGGGAAGCUAAAGCACAGAUUGUUCUGUUGGUGAUCCUGCUAGUAGCUAUUGUGGACUUCAUCAUAGGAACAUUUAUUCCAUUUGAGAACAAGAAGCCUAAAGGGUUUUUUGGCUACAAAGCUGAGAUAUUUUCUGAGAAUUUUGGACCAGACUUUCGAGAAGAUCAAACUUUCUUUUCAGUAUUUGCUAUAUUUUUCCCAGCUGCAACAGGCAUUCUAGCUGGUGCAAAUAUCUCAGGUGAUCUUGCGGAUCCUCAAUCAGCCAUUCCUAAAGGGACGCUGCUGGCCAUCUUAAUUACUACAGUGGUUUACAUAGGAAUUGCAGUAUCAGUAGGUGCUUGUGUUGUUCGGGAUGCCACAGGGAGCAUUAAUGACACAAUUAUCUAUGAGCUGACAAACUGUACUACUGCGGCAUGUAAGCUGAACUUUGAUUUCUCCUCCUGUGAAAAGAGGAAAUGUCAUUAUGGACUCAUGAACAGCUUCCAAGUAAUGAGUAUGGUAUCAGGAUUUGCACCUCUGAUAUCAGCUGGCAUAUUUUCUGCCACCCUUUCUUCCGCAUUAGCCUCUCUUGUCAGUGCACCUAAAAUCUUCCAGGCUUUGUGUAAAGACAAUAUUUAUCCCGGUUUCCUGAUGUUUGCUAAAGGCUAUGGGAAGAAUAACGAACCUUUGAGGGGUUAUCUUCUGACCUUCUUGAUUGCUCUUGGAUUUAUAUUGAUUGCUGAACUGAAUGUAAUUGCUCCAAUUAUCUCCAACUUCUUCUUGGCUUCCUAUGCCUUAAUUAACUUCUCUGUAUUCCAUGCUUCACUUGCAAAAUCUCCAGGCUGGCGCCCUGCUUUUAAGUACUACAACAUGUGGGUAUCUCUAAUAGGAGCAAUUCUUUGCUGUUUAGUGAUGUUUGUUAUUAAUUGGUGGGCUGCACUGCUCACUUAUGUCAUCGUUCUAGGACUCUACAUUUAUGUAACUUACAAGAAGCCAGAUGUAAAUUGGGGAUCUUCAACUCAAGCCCUGACUUAUCUAAAUGCAUUGCAGCAUGCUGUCCGUCUUAGCGGUGUAGAAGACCAUGUGAAAAAUUUCAGGCCACAAUGCCUUGUCAUGAGUGGUGCUCCUAACUCACGCCCAGCUUUGCUUCAUCUUGUUCACGCCUUCACCAAAAAUGUAGGAUUGAUGAUCUGUGGACAUGUACAUAUGGGUCCCCGCAGACAGGCCAUAAAGGAAUUGUCAACUGACUUGGCUAGGUACCAGCGGUGGCUUAUUAAAAAUAAAAUGAAAGCCUUUUAUGCUCCAGUACAUGCAGAAGACUUGAGAGAUGGUGCACAGUACUUAAUGCAGGCUGCAGGCUUGGGGCGACUGAGACCAAACACGCUUGUUCUUGGAUUUAAGAAAGAUUGGCAGUCAGCUGAUAUGAAUGACAUCGACACCUACAUCAACCUCCUACAUGAUGCCUUUGAUAUUCAGUAUGGAGUGGUUGUGAUCCGUCUAAGGGAAGGUUUGGAUAUUUCUCAUCUUCAGGGACAAGAAGAAGUAUGGUCAUCCCAAGAAAAAUCUCCAGUAACCAAAGACAUUAUAGUAAAUGUGGAUUAUAGCAAGAAGACUGAGGCAGUAACUUCUAAGCCUGUGGGUGAAAAAACUACUAUUCAUAAAGAAGAGGAAGAAGAUGUCAAGACUCCAACACAACCACUUUUGAAAAAAGAUCCCAAAGGCCUGUCUGUUCCCCUGAAUGUGGCUGAUCAAAGACUGCUUGAUGCAAGUUCUCAGUUUCUGAAGAAACAAGGGAAAAAUAAUAUUGAUGUAUGGUGGCUUUUUGAUGAUGGGGGUUUGACACUUUUGAUUCCAUAUCUACUGACAACCAAGAAAAAAUGGAAGGACUGUAAGAUCAGAGUGUUUAUUGGUGGAAAAAUAAACAGAAUAGAUCAUGACAGAAGAGCGAUGGCUACAUUGCUCAGCAAAUUUCGGAUAGAUUUCUCAGAUAUCAUGGUCCUUGGUGAUAUCAAUACAAAGCCAAAGAAAGAAAACAUUGCAGCUUUUGAAGAAAUGAUUGAGCCAUUCAGACUCCAUGAAGAUGAUAAAGAGCAAGAUGUUGCAGAUAAAAUAAAAGAAGAUGAACCUUGGAGAAUCACAGAUAAUGAAAUUGAGCUAUACAAAACCAAAAGCUACCGCCAGAUUAGAUUAAAUGAGUUACUCAAAGAACAUUCAAGCACAGCUAAUCUAAUUGUCAUGAGUUUGCCAGUUGCACGGAAAAGUGCAGUAUCAAGUGCACUAUACAUGGCCUGGAUAGAAGCUCUUUCAAAGGACCUUCCACCAGUUCUCCUUGUCCGUGGGAAUCAUCAGAGUGUUCUUACCUUCUAUUCCUAAGCUCUACUGCACAACAUGCAGCUACAAAGAAAUGGUACUUCAGUGCCUAAAGAGAGACUGAGAUGUUUGAUUAAAAUAUUAACAUCACACACAGGCAAAAGUGACUGCUCUUUCACUAUUCCACUGACUUGAAAGCACACAAGGAAAGUUACUAUACUCCUAAAGUUGUGAAAACUUCAGUUUUCUUCUAAUUCUUCUGUAAUUUAAUCUCACUUAAUGGGGAAAUACUCCUUGGUAGACUGAAGAAUGAAUAAACAGGUUUUUCUUUGCUACUUCAGCAGCAAUAAAAGUGUUUAUUUUUGAUCAAUGAAAGGAUUAUAGAUUUAUAAAAGCCUUUUAGCCUUGAGGUGCCUUCUGAAGUUAACCAAAUUUCACCAUAUAUCCUGUUUUGUAAAUUUAUAAAGAAUGUCAAUCUGCUAUUGGCUAAAUAGAUCAAACUUCCUUUAGUUCUAGAUUCUUCCACCUUACAAUAAAAAUGCUGCGUUCUGGUCUUCCAUCAAGGUAUUAGUUCUUACUGUUGUAUGUUUCUUACUCGGAAUGGUGUAUGUGUGUUUUGUUUUUUAAAGGUAUUUGUUAGAUAUGAAACAGGUAAGUGGGGCAAGUUGGCUGUAAUAACAACUAAAUUCAUGAUGUUAAUAUCUAGAACUUUUUACCAGUAAAUUUGUACCUCUGAACAAAGCUCAAGUAUACUAAUAGAGAUUUUCUCAGAGUCCACCCUACCUAUUUUUCCACUGGGCUAUCUUGGUUUGAAGGUUAGUGGGCCAGUCUGCACUCUGCAGUUUCACUCUGAAACUGCAGUUCUGUUGUAGGAUACUGUAAAUAUUAGUGAUGUUUAUGGACACCCUCUAACAGGAUGCUUCAGUCUUCUGAGAGCCAUCUAUAUAAAGAUAACAGUUCAUUUGAGCUAAGUGGACCACCUUUUCUUAGAAGCAUCCAAGAGUAAUUCACAUGUCAGAAUCUACAGUUAGUUUUGUUAAAUACUCAGGUUUGAUCUUCUUGACUUAGCAUUUUAAUUUGUAUAUGACACCCUUAUGUAUUCAAGAACUGCCAAUUUGUGUGCCCUGUUUGUGUGUGCGCGCGUGAGUGUGUUGACUGCUUUAUAUUUUUUUUUACUCUAUGAACCGUUUACUGAAGACUCACUUGAGGUUUUAUUCAAUAGUUAGUGAUAGUGCUAUGUCUGUUAUCUGUAAGAGUGGUCCAGCAACCUUUUCAGCCUCUUGGCAUUAAUAUGAGGUACCAUUUAAUUUCAGUGUUUGUCAGUAAAGAUAGAGAAUAUAUAUCUUUUAUUAUUUGCUAGAGAAGAUCAAAGUAAAUGAACAAAAAAAUCUGUUUGGAAGUCCCAAACAAAUUUGUUUGGAACACAUGAUUCUUUUCUAUAGUGAUCUGCAUUAUACUAAGUUACAACUCACACUGUCUUCUUAAUGUUGAUUGUGUUCUCCUUUUUUCAGAAGUGCAAUACAAGUUGGCUGCCAGGUAGAAUAAAUCAAUGCCAGUAUCUAGUUUUGAAAGGAAAUUGGAAAUUAUAAUAAGAGCAGUUUAUUUUCUGAAAAACAUUCCCAGUGUGUAACUUAUACUGUUGAUUAUUACAGGUUUGCAGUGCUUAUUGGUGUGAUGGUAGGGGACAAAUUCAGUGAACCAGAAAUUCCAUUUUUAAUGUACAGACAGACAGUAGGGCAUGGAUUUAUGCUGCUAUCCCCAAAAAGUGUACUAGGUACACUUAAAAUUUUGCUCAUUCAAGUAAACGACUGCUUGUGAUCUGUAAAAUGAACCAAAUGAAAAUUAUCUGUGUGUGCUGUGUAUAAAAUACCAAAUUUAUCUAAAUAUGCAUAUGUUGAAGGGAGUAAAAUGUAGUUUGUGAAUUCUCACAAGAAUUCUCUACUGCAUACACACACACACAGCAUAAAAUCAACAACUGUAAAAUUUAUUCUAAUAUUCCAGUAAACUUAAAAUGUUACCUGUUAGCAAGAAGCAAGUUUGUGAUACAGCCAUUCCAAUUUCUAUUUAGUAUAAAUUAAACUCGUACUUUUGGCACCAUGUUUUUUAAGUUCCAAUCAUUAAUGACUUGAAAUAAUUGUUUUCCAUUGACACUCAGCAAUACCAUCUCUCAUAGAUGCAAUUUUAUGUUAAAAAUUAGGAAAUGUUUAGAAGGUAGCUGAAAAAUGAUUAUUUAUUGUUUCAUUAUGUUUGUAUUAGAUUUCCUUUUUACAUAAUUCUUUUUAUAUGCCUUUCUGUUUAUUUAAAAUGAGCUAUGGUCUUAAUUUAAGGAUUGGUUGGUACUAUCCACAGUUCGAAAAUGUCAUAUUUUGAUAAUACUGUACUGUAACUGUCACCCAAUGGCUUUUCUAAUGUUUUAACAACGUUGAGUAUUGCAGUUACUACUCUGUCUUGGGAGGAUCACUGCAAUAAAUGGGAAUGAAUUAAA